AUGGCAACAGAGGACAGGGACAUAAUGGAAGCCCGAGGGGCAGGAGAAAGCUGCCCAACUUUCACCAAGAUGCUGCCUGGUGAUACCAUGUCAGAAGGGAAGACGAGGGCUUCUUUGGAGGCAGAUGCCCCCAAGCCAGACUCCUCCUACGACUACCUGGAGGAGACAGAGGCUCCCGAGGACGGUGGCUGCCCGGGGCCACCUAAGCCGCUGCCCCCCAAGGCCGGCCCCGCCACGAAGGGCCAGGCGGGCGACGGACCCGAACCCGCGGAGCUCACCCCGGACCGGAAGGCGGAGCUCAAAGCCGAAAUGGAGCUGGAGAAGGUGCGCAUGGAGUUCGAGCUCACCCGGCUGAAGUACCUGCACGAGGAGAACGAGCGCCAGCGGCAGCACGAGGAGGUGAUGGAGCAGCUGCAGCAGCAGGCGGCGCCCCGCCUGUUUUCAGGAGGCUUCCAGGACCUCCUGCUCCCCCAGAACCAGUUUGCCAUGUUCCUGUACUGCUUCAUCUUUAUACACAUAAUCUAUGUCACCAAGGAGAUGGUCUUCUUUCUCUUCUCCAAGCACUACCUGUUCUGCAUCGCAGCCAUUUUGUUCUGUUUGAUUAAAACUUUCUGGUCCUAUUUCCAAGUGCCUUUGCUGUCUGCAUCACUGGGUGUCAUUAGAACGUGA